UUUACACGCACAUUGCACUCAUUAAUGAUUUAUAAUCCUUGAUUGUUGACAUGGCGUCGCAGUGGGACCGUGAUCUGAUGCUUUGUAGGUUACUAUGAGGUUUAAAUAUAAAUAACACCUUGUUAAGAUCUGAGUGCCUUGAAAGACGGGGACCUAAAAAUUUAAACUAAACCUCCGAAGAAAUAUUCAACGGCAUAAGCCUCAAUAAUGCCAAGUUGGACGACAGUGGUCAGACUGUUAAGACGUCGUUUCGUUCUUGGUGUUAUAUUCGCGGUUUCUCUAACUUACUGUGCGCUGAGUUUACUCCAGCAUGAGAAAGGAGCUUUGGUAGAGAGCGACCCCGAUGAUGACCAGCUUUAUUUUUCGACUGACAAACCGUACCUCUGGGAAAUGCAGGUACUGAAUGAUGAUAUUGACCCCGAUGAAGAGGCGACAUCUGCUCUUAACGGCAGUCAUCCAGCAAGAAAUACUUGCCGAAAUUCCAUACAGGGCAAAGCACUGAUUGUGGACGAACAUGGAUUUGUGUGUACCAGAGGUGAAGUUCUGCCAUCAGGAUGUUGUUCGGAAGAGAUAUCUGCUGCAAAUGUUAAAACAGAAGAAACUGACACAAAUAUACAGACGUUAGUUAAACGAGAGCGUCAUAGUUGCCAAACUUGCAACGCUGAAGGAUGUUGCGCAGUCUUUGAAUACUGCGUGUCAUGUUGUUUACGCCCCGGAAAGGCAAAUGAGCCAGAGAUAAAAUCCGCUUAUGAUCAGAGUCGCAGAACAAAAAAGGCAGAAGAAAAUGUGUUUCGCCAUCGAUUGCGAACUCUUGAUCGAUUUCAAGUUUGUCUGGCUACGUGCCGAACUUCAAGUGCCUCGGUUAGACACGAGAAUACUUACAAGGAUCCACACUCCAAGCACUGCUACAACCUGCUGGCUCAUAGCGCAAAUUCUAAUCAACGUUAUAGGCGUGACCUGACCCAUAUUUUACAUAUGAAUAAUAACAGCAGCCCUCCAAAGGUUGCCCUUGCAUCUUUUUCUACUGCCUCAGUUCUUUCCGAUAUCCAUUUACCCCGUCAUGUCGUACCGUCAAAUUCCUGACAAUCUUUACUUCCAAUGACUUUGUGUAAUUCACAGAAUUCCUGAUCAACUUUUUUCCCCAAAGAAUUGGUAAUCAGAGUUCAAUUUACGUCCAACGUGAAGGAGAGAGAAAGUGACUUUCAACCACGGUAGUGGGUGCGUUUGUCAAUUUACGUUCAGGGAUUAAGGGUGGACCAACUUCACAUACAAGUAUUUUUUAUAAUAGCCGUGUGAGUACAAUAGAAAUCAUAUUGUUUAUUUCAUUUCAUCUUGAAACGGUUAAAAUAUAACGUACAUUUUGACCUGUAGGAACUCUUUAGCUACAGAUUAUUUUUUGGAUUUUUGGGGGAAAAAAUAAAAUAAACUUGGGACUAAGUAUAGUAACAAAAACAAAAAAUUGAGAUUGAAACGGAAUACAUACAUAUUACAAACUAAAUUACAGGAAACGAAAUGGGAAAAAAACGUCUUACACUUCUAGUUUAAGUCUAAUAUUGUUUUUCUUUUAGUUUUAAUGUACACGAUGGUAACAAAUAUUGUAUAAAAUAGUUAUAUGCGCGUUACACGUACGUAGGUAUUAUACACGUCGGUCGAGCCUUAUUAUUUUGUUUCUUCCGUUUUUCUGUAAAUACAUAAGCUGUUUACAAGCUGAUACGCCGCGCACAAGUUAGGAGGAUACAUCGCUCGAUAAGAAAUAUAUAUACCAAUCAAUUUUUAAAAACGUUUGUCAACACACAGCCAACAUAGGCUUCGUCAUAUUCUUACGUUUCUUUGACACACAUAUUAACAGGUGUAAUUUUUUUCAUUUCUCAUAAAACCUGUUAUUAACAGAUUUCGUCAUAGUAGAGACGCUCUGUUGCAGGACCUUGAGUUUUGUGCCCGUUUGCAUACUUAUCAUCAUCGAUUAGUUUUGGAUAAUAUAUCUCUUUUCAAUGUUAUUUGAAAUUUUCACCUAUCUAAAUUUAAUCGAAUACAUUAUCAAUAACGUACGUAUCGGGUCUUGUUUUCACUACAAUGCAUAUUUGAAUUUAAAAAAAGAAGAAAAAAUAAUGAAUAAUUGUACAAAACUGUAGAGCGAAAUCGUUCAAUUGCUCGCAAGAACACGUGUUGCAAUGACCAUCGGUAAUAAUUUAACAAACGUUUUUUCAAUUUUUAUAAUCACGGUAUAACGACCUGACAGUCAAUUAUCCUUUGCGAGUAGGAAUUAUUCUUAUACAUGUUAUUUUCUUUCAUUCUUCUUUUUUGUUCAAUUAU